AUUGUCAAAUCUUUUGAUUAUAGAAAACAUUCCGUGCGUCCUACAGAUGAGCUGAAGUUGCUGCAGGACAGUUUUGACGCAAUUUUUCACUCCUUCCUGCUGGGCGACGAUGUCGUCAGCCGCCGCGGAAAUUCGACCGAAUCCGGGGUGAACAGCGACGACAGCGUUCACCUUCAUAAUGAUAGCGGAUGCGAAAAAGUAGAACCUCCAGCUGAGAAAGUACCUCGACGAAAAAAAUCUUCCACAGAAUGCUCAAUGAUGAAGGGAUGUAGUGCGCAACGUAUCAAUUUGGUAAUUCAGAAACCUCUUACUGUCGACGUCGAGACUAAGGCUGAGUGUGCCGGCUCUUGUUCUUCCACACGAUCGGUUACCUCUGAUCCCAUCUCCUUCUCGAAGAAUGUGCGAGAAGUUGGUGGAUUCGCUCUCACCGUACUUCAGUACGUCAUCAGAAAAAAGACGCACCACACAAAAGGGUGA